AUCCAAAAUAUCUGAAACCCUCCAUUUCCAUUUUUCAGCCUCUCAAUCAUCAGUCAUCACUUCUAGGGUUCUGUUGCAACCCGGCACCCGACAAUUCCAAAUCCGAUCGGAAUCCGAAUCCAACUCGCCGGCGAAUUUGUAAGUUUUAGGUUUUAUAGCCGAUAUCAAACACCAUUUCCAGAUCUAGGGUUUUUCAAAUCUCUCCCCCAUGUACAACGGAAUUGGGUUAACCACCCCUCGGGGCUCUGGGACCAAUGGCUACAUUCAGACAAAUAAGUUUUUCAUCAAGCCCAAGGUGAAUAAGGUUACCGAGAAUACCAAGGGUUUCGAACCUGGUCAGGGGACUGCCGGCCUCACCAAGAAGGCCAAUAAGGACAUCCUCGAGCACGAUCGCAAGCGUCAGAUCGAACUCAAGCUUGUAGUGCUCGAGGACAAACUCACUGAGCAGGGCUACACCGAUGCUGAGAUCGCCGAGAAACUUCUUGAGGCGAGGAAGGUGUUGGAAGAAGCUGCUGCUGCUUCCGAUGAAAGCAUUGUGCUAUCUGAGAAAAGGAAUGAUACACAGACUCACCAAGUUGCUGCCAGAAAGGAGAAGCAAAUGGAGACCUUAAGAGCUGCUCUUGGGAUUGGUCAGGCUGAAUCUAACCAUCAAAUUGAUGAAGGUGAUGGUGAUGCUGCAAUAAUGGGUCGAAAGAGUUAUGAUGGGAAGCCACAUGAGAAGCGUGAACAUGCUUUUUUGGAUAGAGAUGCUAGGUGGAAGAAACUUUCUGAUGAUGAUUCUGAAGCUGGGAGAGAUGAUAAGAAAAAGGCUUCUAAGAAUGUUAAGAGUAAAAGGAAUGAAGGAGAAGCUGAUGAAAUUGAUGAUACAAGGAAACACAGGAAGGAAGAAAAGAGGAGGAAAGAUGAUGAUUCUGAUUCCUUUUCUUCUGACACAGAUGAUAAAAAAGAACAUGAAAGACGUACUCAUAAAAAGGAUCCAAAAGGUCGAAGGAAUGACAGUGACAGUGAUUCUGAUGUUGAUAUUGAUGUGAAGAAGAAGAAGAAAAAAUCUGCAAAGAUACACAAGAGAAGCAGAAGACAUGACAGUGAUGAUUCUGAUUCAGAUAGUGACACUGCUUAUUCUGAUUCAUCUGAGUCUGCUAGUGAUGAUGCUGAAGCUGUCAAGAUUUCUUCCAAUGACAAGCAGAAGAGGUCUCAUAGGAGCCAUGAUUCAGAUGAUAAUUCUAGCCUUGAUGAACAAUUGUCUAUACAGAAGACAAAAUCUGUCAAGGGACACCAUCAAAGUCGAAGACAUGACAGUGAUGAUUCUAUUUCUUCUAGUGAUGAUGAUGGCACUAUCAAGAUUCCUUUCAAGAAAGAUGUUAACAAGGACAAAAAUGCUCGUAGGAGGCAUGACUCAGACAAUGAUUCUAGCCAUGAUGAAGGCCUGUCUACACGUAAAACUCAGAAGGGAAGUCAUCAUGAGAGAACAAGGCAACAUCAUGAUUCUGAGGUGGGCUCUGAUAGAGAUGAUUGGACAGAAAAGAUGAGAUAUGAGGUUGGAAGACAUAAGGAUGAGCAUACUGUGGAGCACAGGGGAGAACGGGAUGACAUUGAUGAUCGAUCUGAUAGAGCAAGAAAGCACAAGGUCAUGGCAAGGAGAGGUCAUAUUACCAAUGAUGGUGAUUCUGACAAAGGAACUGAUAGGAAGGAAAAAACGGUUAGGGGAAGAGGUAAGAGACAUGAUAGUGAUGAUGAAGAUUCUGAUUCUGCUUAUGUCUGGAAAAAUGGCAAGGGAGUGAUGCGUGAGCAAAAGGCAGCUAAAAGGGAUUCUGUUUCUCCAAUUGUUGAUAGAGAUCAUACUAGUUACAGUGAUGAUUCUCUUGAAAAGAGUAGUGAUAGUGAUUCAGGUGGUGAUAUUAGUCAUAAAAAACAUAAGACAACUGGAAAAAACAUUGCCAUUGAUAAUGAAAAAAACAGGGGGGGUGCAACUAGAUGUGAUGAUAGAAAUGAAAGAAGUCUGAAUGAUUAUGAUAGAUUGGAGGGAUUGUGGAAAUCAGAGGGCAAUCAUGAGGUGAUGAGGGGCAAGAGGAAGUUAGAUGAUGGAUAUGUUGAUGGGCAACCAGAAUCAAAAUCAAGGAGCCGGAAUAUCGGAAAAGAUGUGGAAGAGUACAAGAGGGAUAAACCAGAGGAUACUAAAUUUGACUCUGAAUCAUUGAGAGCUAAUAGAGAAAGGGAUAAUCGCAGAAGGGAUGAUUUCUCUAGGUUAAUUAAAUCUAGAGUGGAGUUUAAUGGUGACAAUGGGCGAAAGGAAGGCAGAAUACAUAAUAAGGAUAAUGAAACACAAAGUGAAAAUAGGUGGAGGGACAGAUAUUAUGAAGACCAUAGAGGCAGUAGAAGGCAUAGUAGGGAUGAAGAGGAGCAUAGAGGGAGAAAGCACCUGAGAGAUGACCAUGAAGAUAGACGAUAUGGAAAAGAUGAUGAUGAGCAGCAGUAUGGCAGCCAAAGAGAAAGAAGAGGUGAUGAUGAGGAGUACAGAAGUAAAGGUCAUGAGAGGGACAGACAAUCAGAUUAUUCCAAGAGAGCUAGACGUGAUGAUCAAGUUGACCAUGAAGAUAGACGAUAUCGAAAAGAUGAUGAGGAGCUGCGGUAUGGAAGCCGAAGAGAAAAAAGAGGUGAGGAAGAAGAGGAAGAAGAGCCUAGAAGUAAAGGUCAUGAGAGGGACAGACAAUCAGAUUAUUCCAAGAGAACUAGACAUGAUGACUUUGAAUCAAGUAAGAAAAAAUCCCGUGGAUAUGACAGAAGUGAUGAUGGCAGGUCCAAUCGUUGAGACUAGUUGUUGAUUGCAACUACCUUGCAGCAGUACUUGUGAGUGUUUUGAUAAAAUAAGUUAUUAUCC